AUGGAAACCCAGCCUACAGCUCCCCAAGCAAAAGCCUCCACAACUGUCCCGCCAAAACCUUCCCGCUCUCCAUCUCCCUGGAAAGAAACAAGCCAGCCUAUUCCCGCAGCUUCUCCUGCCCCUCUUCCGCCAGAUGAUUCAACGCCUAAGCCAAUUGCUAACUCAGAGACAAAAAUAUCUCUAAAUACCGCAAUAAGUGAACUCUUAAAGCAGAAAAGAUUACGAACCCAAAACACUAUCGGCGAUAUGGACGUCCCUGUGCGUUCUCAAAGACGACGCAAGCUAUUAGGUAGAGCCAGCUCAUCCUGUUCUGCCCUGACUACGACAGAUGCGCAACGAGGUCUAUCCCGAGCAAGUUCGAUAGACACGCUGAACGAAGAUGGUUACGGCAGUGUAAUCGAUGGCCUCGAUAGCCCUUCGACAAAAGCGCCGAGCUUCGUCUCGCUAGCCCCUCAGAAAGUCGAAAUUACGCACCCCGAACAGAUGGAGGCACAGCAAAUGUUACGACGAAGACUGGCUCUAUUUCAGAGUAACUCUGCCAAUGGCGAAUUUGCAGAGAAAGCUGUUGGCGAAGAUGAGCCUCUACCCUUAACUCAACUUGAGUAUGAUGAUCCAGACGCGGUAGCAAUGCGCGAGAUGAUCAGCAAUCAGAGCCCGAGGAACGAUGAGGUGGACGAAGGAACUGGACUCGGGGGUUCACGGGCAGGUCGGAAAUUAAUUAUUGGCAAACUACAGGACUGUCGAGGAGGGAGGAACACGAGAUCUCGUAAGUUAGAGGGCUGGUAG